AACCCCACUUAUGACUGCUGCUUCUGGUGGGGAGCUUAAUUUGAUAAAAGUUCUUCUUCGCUAUGGUGCUGAUGUUUCCCAUAAAGACACUAAUGGAUGGACAGCUGAGGAUUAUGCUGUUAUUCAUGGAUAUUCUAGUCUUAGUAAACAACUGGCAGAAUACACAGACUGGGAAGACACAGGAGAAGCUUCUGCAAGUGGUGUACAGGGUAUCACGGUACUUAGCACUCCUCACCGGGUGGGAGCUGCUGGCUUUACAUUGGGCGCACCUGCUGUGGACAGAGGAGGAAUGCAACAAUCUCCUAACCAGACAUCAAGAACAGGAAAAUCAAGGAAAGCAAUAGAUGACUUUUCCCAAGGAGACUCAAUAAGAAGCUCUGAGAAGGAGGGGAGUGAUGACAGUUGGCACACUUCUGAGGAGGAAGAACUUGAUUUUACCCCCAAGAAGCUGCAGAAGCCCAACUUGACAGUGUUAAUGAAUGCUUCUCAGCAGUUCAGGAAAAACAAUGACGGUGAUGGUUCUAGAAUUGAAAGUCCUAAGUCACCAAAGAAAAGCCUCAAACAAAGAACCUCAUCAGAUGCAAACCUGAACAAAGGAGAAUGUGGAGAAUUGUUGAAUCAAGAUGUCUCAGAUGCAAGCAACCUGGAGGAAGAAGAAUUGGAGGAGGAGGAGGAAGAUGAUGAAAAUGACAAUGGAGAUGACGAUGAAGAUUAUGAGGAGGAAGAAGAAGAGGAGGACGAAGAUCUUACUCAAGAUGAAAAGGAGGAAGAUCUGGAAGAUGAAGAAACUCAGUCUAAUGACAUACUGGAGGAGGAGCAGGGGGAGAAAACAGAACUGAAAGGGGAAAUUAAUCAGAAAUUGGAGUAUUUUAGUAACAUUAAGUAUGAAGGGGAAGCUCAGUGUGGAACUGGAGAUGUCUGUGAUGAUGAUCAUAAAAUAAAUAAAGAACUUGAUGAAAAGGUGGAGGAAUCUGUUGAUACUCCUGUGUCUUUUAUAGCUGGGUGUUAUGAAAGGUUGCAAGAAAAAAUAACUGCCAUGUCUCCAAAGGUAAUGAAUAAUGAAGUAUCUUGCAAGUCAGUACGAAAACAAUCUGUCUUUCAAAAUCUAAAUAAUUUGCAAGAUACACAAGAAAGCUGGAAAAGGAAAAGCAUGAUUCAGGAGAAGUUUCACAGAAAUGCUGACUCCUGUUUUGCAGACUCUGAAAUGAAAAAAGAGAUGCCUCAGCCUCUCUUGGAUAGUUGCCUUAAGGAGAAAAAGUCAAGGUUCGGUGAUGGCUUUGAAAGUGGUAAUAAUUCUUGGUCAGCAGCAAAAAACCCCAAACUUGAAAGUCAAAGACCAAAUUCUGUCAUUCGUGAACAUGGGGAUGAUGAAGAUACUGAAGAAGAGCAAUAUGAAGAAAUAGAUGAUAAAGUCUGUGAAGCACUGAAACAAGGAAGUGAAAACUUGUGCUUAAAUAGGCGUGAAGAAAAUUUAAGAGCAGCAUUUCACUCAAGCACCAAAGAAGAAUCACCUGAAUGGGAAGAAGAGGAGGAGGAGCAGGAGAAGGAAGACAGUGGUGAAGAGCUACAAAUGGCAGUUGUUGAGGGUGUGAAAAAUUCUGUUUGUAAUGAUAACCAUCAAGUCCACAAUGCUUCAAAAGACAAUGCUGGUGAGAGAAGUGCCCUGCCAGCAGUGGAAGCAGAGGAAGAGGAAGAUGCUGAAUCUCCCUGGGAUUCCGAGACGGAUUCUGAAAGUCCAAGAAAAGUAUCAUCCGGUGUGUUGCUCCCAGCUGCAGACAGACAUGGGGCAUGCUCACAGAUUGUUUCAGGGGAACGCAACAAUGGCUUUUCGGAGAAACCCAGCAAUUCCCAGCUGAAGACUCCUGAAUCCGUUGUGGAAAUGAAUGAAACAUCUCCUAAAAGGCAGCAGAAAUCAGAUCUAUUGGAGGAAUUUGGUUUAGGAGAUGCAGAGGAUAUUGAAGGUGAGUACUCAGGAUCUACCUUUCAUAUGUCGUCAUCAUCUGAAAAAGAAGACAUCAAGGAUGCUAUUGAAAACUAUGGGGUGCGGGAUAAAUAUAUUUUAGAAACUACCAACUUGAUAGAAAAAACAGCACAUGAAAAUCAGACUGACAAAGCAGAAACUUCACAUCAGGAAGCCCUAGCAGAAAAUGAGGAAUCGCACAGUGCUGACAAGCAGUUAAGUCCAAAACCUUGGGAACAAAGAUAUGAAAGAAUGUGGGUUGAAAAUGAGAAAAGGGAAUUGAAAACAAAUUUUAAAAACAUUACAGCAGAGCUGAAGCAGCUGUUUGGUGAAAUUAAUGAAACUGGGAAAACUACUUCUCUUGUGGAAGAAGUGUCAGAAGAUGGCUUCAGUGAAGAAUUGAAGAGUUCUCAUGUUGUUUCAUCCCGUGCGACAGAAGCAAGUAAUAAGUUAGAAAGUAAAGGUGAAUUUGGAGGUAUUAAACUUACGCUAGUUGGAAAAGAACCCAAAAUGGAAAUUGUAAAUCCUAGUCUUGCUGUCCUUUCUGAUCAAAAUAACUUAAAUGCAAAUGUGGAAGAUACCUGGAGUACAGAUGAAGAAGAUAGCACAAAGGAUACAGAUAAUACAAAGAUGCCUCUAGAAAAAGGAGAGGAAAAGAAAAUGCCUACUAUGGAAAAGGAAGAGAAUGAAAAUGAAAGUAGUAGAAAUGUAGAGGGAAGUCCUGAAUACUCCCUGAGAUGUUUAAAAGCAAGUAUUUUGGAUGACGUUUCUAAUAUUCUUCCUAAAGUAAGACCUGUUUCUACAAGUAAUGAAAAUGCAUUUCUUGUAACAGAAAGGAAACUUGGAAAAGACUCUGGAUUUAAUGAUGAUGUUCCCAGGGACUGCCUUAUCGACAACAAUAAAAUAGGAGAAACAGAAAUUGACAGUCUUUCUGCAAAUGCUCAGCAAUCGUGUGGCAUGCUGAAAGGCAAUCUUGAUGAAGAAUUAAAACAAGAUAUGGAAAGAUUUAAAAGUAAGGUAGGAAUGCUGCAAAUAGUAUUCCUGGCUUUGGAGAAAGAGAAGGUACAGCUGCAAAAAGAGGUUGAGAAGGAAAAAAGCAAACAAAGAUGUUUCAAAACACAGGCGGUGGCAAAACAGGAAGAUCUUGAUAAAUUAAAUACACCGGCAGGCAACGUUACUAAUCAGCAAAUGAAACAAAAGCUUACUCUAAGGAAGAAUGACUGUUUGAAAAUGGAGAAUGAAAAUACUGUGGAAGAAAAUGACAAAAAUAAUUUUUCAUCUGAGGAGAGAUCAAAAUUGAUUAAAAAGCCAAUGAAAGGUCAAUUUGUCCUGAAUGCCAAAGUUGCAAAGAAAAAUAAAAGACAUACUUCAAAGCAGAAGGCUAAUCAGCAGAUGAGCUCUUCCAGUGGGAAUAAUUUUCAAGUACUGGAUGAUAGCACUUUCAGUGAAACAUCUCAAGAUGAAGGAAGACCUGCAGCAAAAACAGGGAGUGAAAAGAACAAGGUCAGCAUACAAAUGGAUGUAACUGAUGACCUUGAUUUAACUCACUCAUCUGACACAACUUCAGAGGAUGUCGAAUUACCAACUUCAACCUACAAAGAGGCUAUGUUGCUGUUAGAACAGCUUAGUGUGGAUCAUACGG